ACUCAUCACUCUCAAACGACAACGAACUCCACCACGCAAUCUCUCGUCGUGUUCGUCGUUUUCGUUCGCCUUCCCAUAACAAUAGAAUUCGCCAUUAGAAACCCUUCCUCUCUCUCUCUAUCUACACGAAACCUCAUCUCCUCAAUCGAUUCCAUACUCUCUCGAUCCAAUUCAACCCCCAUGUUUAGAUUCCUCUCCGCGAUCUCCUCCUCCAGUAUAAACCCUCUCCGUAAACACCUACGUAGAAUCCCACUCGCCACGAGGCCCCAUUCAUGGCUACAAAGCCCUAGUUCUUCUCCGUCGAGGAGUUCGAUCGCGCGAUCGAGGUGUUUCAGCGGCGAAUCGAGCGGCCGAGAUGCUCUGAGCUACGACGUGGUGAUCGUCGGCGCGGGGCCCGCGGGGUUAUCGGCGGCGAUCCGGUUGAAGCAGAUGUGUCGGGAGAAGAACACCGAUUUAUCCGUUUGCGUACUCGAAAAGGGCUCAGAAGUUGGUGCUCAUAUCUUGUCAGGGAAUGUUUUUGAGCCUCGCUCGUUGGAUGAAUUGAUCCCAGAUUGGCGGCAAGAGGGGGCCCCAAUUAAAGUUCCUGUAUCCUCUGACAAGUUUUGGCUGCUGACAAAAAAUAGAGCUUUGGCACUUCCAUCGCCCUUUGAUAAUAAGGGUAACUAUGUGAUAAGCUUGAGCCAAUUGGUACGGUGGAUGGCAACCAAAGCUGAAGAACUGGGUGUAGAAAUCUAUCCAGGUUUUGCUGCUAGUGAGAUCCUAUAUGAUGAAAAUCAAAUGGUUGUUGGGGUUGCAACUAAUGAUGUAGGUAUUGCUAAAGAUGGCUCAAAAAGGGAAAAUUUUCAACGUGGCGUGGAACUUAGAGGACACAUUACACUCCUUGCAGAAGGAUGUCGGGGAUCAUUGUCAGAGAAAAUUAUAAAAAAUCACAAACUGCGAGAAAAAGGACGAGGACUACACCAGACAUAUGCUCUAGGGAUCAAAGAGGUGUGGGAAAUUGAAGAAGGGAAGCACGACCCAGGCUCUGUGCUACAUACAAUAGGAUGGCCCUUGGAUUCAAAUACAUAUGGAGGAUCUUUUCUAUAUCACAUGGAUGAUAGACAGGUGUCCAUUGGAUUUGUGGUUGCAUUGAAUUACCGGAACCCUUACUUAAGCCCUUAUGAUGAAUUCCAGAAACUCAAACACCACCCAGCUAUCAGACAGCUUUUGGAAGGUGGAACCGUUCUCCAGUAUGGCGCUCGCACUUUGAAUGAAGGUGGUUUCCAGUCAAUACCAUAUCCGGUUUUUCCAGGAGGAGCAAUUAUUGGAUGCUCUGCAGGGUAUAUAAAUGUGCCUAAAAUAAAGGGGACGCACACUGCAAUGAAAUCAGGUAUGCUUGCGGCAGAAGCAGCUUUUAAGACGCUUGCUGAAGGAGCAAAUAUGGAUAUAUAUUUGGAGAAUCUUAGAAAAUCCUGGGUUUGGGAUGAACUCUAUAAAGUUCGGAAUUAUCGGCCUGCAUUCGAGUAUGGACUUGUACCUGGCUUGGCCCUCUCUGCACUGGAACACUAUAUAUUCAAAGGAAGGCUACCUUUAACUCUUAAGCAUGGGAAACCGGACCACCAAGCUACAAAUAUUGCUGACCUGCAUACUCCUAUUCAAUAUCCAAAGCCGGAUGGACAGAUAUCAUUCGAUGUGCCGACUUCACUGUACAGGAGCAACACAAAUCAUGAACAUGAUCAGCCUCCUCAUCUCCGCUUGAGAGAUCCUACAAUUCCUGAAAGGGUAAAUCUGCCGUUAUAUGCUGGGCCCGAGUCUCGCUACUGCCCAGCUCGAGUAUAUGAGUAUGUCCCAGAUGAGAAAGGUGAUCUAAAACUCCAAAUAAAUGCUCAAAAUUGCCUCCAUUGCAAGGUAACGGACAUGACUAGGCUCAUACAUCCCCUUGCUUGUGAUAUUAAAGAUCCCAAACAAAACAUUGAAUGGACCGUGCCCGAAGGCGGCGGCGGCCCUGGCUACACAAUUAUGUAGAUUUCUGUCAAUACCGCCAGAUGAAAUAGAACAUUAGUUCUCGAAACGUCGACAUUAAAAUGUUCGGCUAAUAAUUUGUUUCUUUCUCCAGCAUUUGCGCUCAGCCUUUUGGAUCCAUAAUAAACUGGAAUGUGACUUUUAAUUUUUUUUGAUUA